AUGUCCGUCAUUCAGUCCCUAUCAAACCUCGCCAUGUCCGCUGUUCCCCAGACAAAGAAGUGCGGUGUUCUUGGAUGCACCGGUUCCGUCGGCCAGCGCUUUAUUCUCUUGCUCUCGGAGCAUCCUUACUUCGUUCUUCACGCCGUCGGUGCCUCCUCUCGCUCGGCUGGAAAGAAGUACAAUGAUGCCACAAAAUGGAAGCAGGCACAACUCAUGCCCGCCGGUGUCAAGGAUAUGAUUGUCAAGGAGUGCAAAGCUGCAGAGUUUGCAGAUUGUGAUGUGGUCUUCUCAGGCCUGGACGCAGACUAUGCUGGUGAAAUCGAGGCCGAAUUCCUUGCAAACAACCUCGUCGUCUUUUCCAAUGCGAAAAACUACCGCCGCGAGCCCAUGACCCCCCUCAUGGUCCCUCUCGUCAACACCGACCACUUCUCCGUGAUCCCCGCCCAGCGAGCUCACCACAAGCUCAACAAAGGCUUCAUGGUUACUAACGCUAACUGCUCCACCACUGGCCUCGUCGUUCCCCUGAAGGCACUCCACGAUAAGUUCGGCGGAAUCACAGCAGUUACAGUUACUACCCUCCAGGCCAUCUCCGGCGGUGGAUACCCCGGUGUCCCGUCAAUGGACAUCCUUGACAACGUCGUUCCUUACAUCGGUGGUGAGGAGGAGAAGAUUGAAUGGGAGACUGGGAAGAUUCUUGGCGCUGUCAAUGUCGAAGCAAACGGCUUCGACCUCCUCAACUCCGUUGCUGUGUCGGCGCAGUGCAACCGUGUUGCUGUUAUGGAUGGACACACUGCGUGUGUGUCUGUACGCUUUGCUCAGCACCCGCCUCCCACGAUCGAGGAGAUCAAGGCGGCGCUCCGGGAGUACACCUGUGAGGCGCAGACCCUUGGGUGCCCAAGUGCGCCUAAACAAGCCAUCGUGGUGAUGGAGGAGCAGGACCGACCACAGCCAAGGUUGGACCGUAAUACUGAGGGUGGUUAUUCGGUCUCUGUUGGUAGGAUCAGGACCGAUAAUGUUCUGGAUAUCAAGUUUGUUGCGCUAAGUCACAAUACGGUGAUUGGAGCGGCGGGAUCGUCGAUACUGAACGCUGAGGUGGCCGUGGUGAAGGGUCUGAUCUAA